CUAAAGGACCUUUUCAGUCUCCCGGAGCAGGGUUUUGAUAUUUCUCUAGCUCAACAACAGUUGCAUAAAGAGCAUGAUUGCGAACACAAAAUGGAUUCGUCGCUAGAAGCGCACACCAAGUUUCUGGAAUCUCUUGGUAUAGCUGGCAUCAGUCACCACAGUUUGCUAUUCUCCAAGACUUCCCCCGUGACAGUUUUACGAGACGAACUACUGACAAGGAUUAGGAGGCGAUCAACAUAUCCGAGUAGCUCAUCUUCGUGUUACCCUCAUAAACAAACUUAUGCCAAUGCUCGAUUUGCUUUCAACCGAAAGGAUGUUGCGCAAAGGAAGAACCUCUCCCCAAAUAUUUCCAUCAAGUUGAUAGAAUCACAAGUUAAUUGCAUGUCUCAAGUUUAUGCAAACAAGGUAGUGGCGGCAAGGUUACAGAAACAUGUUGCUGGGUUGAGUUCAGAGAUCCAUAAGCUGCGAAUGUUCAAACUUCGUUAUUACUUGAAGUUCGUUAAAUGAAACCAUGAGAUUUUGUUGUGAAACAUAACCUUCAUGUUUUGAUGCAUGUUCCACUCUACAAAAUGCUUUACUACUUGAAGUUCAUGCUAUUAUGUCUUUUGUUAGGUCUCUUUGGCCGCGUUUUGGUCAUGUCAACCAGACA